AUGGGAAGACAGAAGAUCGAAAUAAAAAAAAUUGUGAAGAAAAGCUCCUUAGAGGUCACCUUCUCCAAGCGUCGAACAGGACUCUUCAAGAAGGCUGGCGAGCUUUGCGUUUUGUGCGGUGCUGAGGCCGCCGUCAUCGUCUUCUCUCCGGGCAGGAGGGCCUUCGUCUUCGGCCACCCCUCCGCGGACGCUGUCAUCGAUCGCUUCCUCCAUCGCGAGACCAACUCUCGCGCGCUUGUUCCGGCGGGACAGGUGCAUGGGCACGUUCAGAGGCAAUACUUGGAGGCUCUUGGAAGGCUGGAGGUGAAGAGGGAGCAAGAAGAGACGGUGGGGGGAGAUGGGGAGGGUGGGUUUUGGUGGGACGCGCCCAUUGAGAACAUGGGGUUGAAUGAACUGGAGCAGUUCAGGGGUUCCCUUGAGGAGCUGAGGAAGAAGAUGGCGAAUCGAGUGGAGGAGAUGACUAUGAUGAUGAUGAUGAUGAUGGAGAGCGGUCCUUCUUCGACUGCCAUGGUUGAAUAUGCAGCGCCACCGCAGGAGUAUAAUUCUUCUGGUGGUGUUCUGCAUGGCCAUGAUUUGGCUGCACAUGGUGUUCCUCAUGGUUUCGAUGAACACCUUUUCUGA